AUCCUGAGCACAGUGGAGGCCCAGGCUCCCAGCACCCCGGGGUCAUCGGGCUGCGGCCCUGUCCCCAUAGCCGUGCCGGUGGUGGCAGUGCCAGGGCCAGGGGUGGCGGCCGCGCUGACCAAAAGCCCCCCCCCGGCCCCUCCCAUGGCCGACGACAGCAAAACAAACCUGAUUGUCAACUACCUGCCCCAGAGCAUGAGCCAGGAGGAGCUGCGGAGCCUCUUUGGCAGCCUUGGGGACAUCGAGUCCUGCAAGCUGGUCCGCGACAAGGUCACUGGACAGAGCCUGGGCUAUGGCUUCGUCAACUACGUUGAGGCAGGAGAUGCUGACAAGGCCAUCAGCACCCUCAAUGGCCUCAAGCUGCAGACCAAGACCAUCAAGGUUUCCUACGCCCGGCCCAGCUCGGCCUCCAUCCGCGAUGCCAACCUCUAU